UUCGUGUAAGACAAAGCAGAAAUUCAAGACUCGCAGACAUUAUUCCAGACAGUCAUGGCGAACCUGCAYUGGAAGAACAGUGAAACCGAGUAUCGACGUCGGCUCAAAUUCUUCAUCRACAAAACUAGACAAAACGAAAACCUCUAUGAGCUUCUAAACGACAUUUUACCAUCAGCCAUCGCCGCCAUUGGYUACGACCUCAAGAAACAGAGCCAAAUCAACAUCCUAAGCAUUGGAAGUGGAAACGGUGAAAAUGAUUUAGAAAUCCUAAAGAUUAUCAAAGGUAAUUUUACAAGUUUAAAAGAGCUGCAAGGGGCGGUUGGACCAAUCAAAAUGCUUAACAGAGCUAUAGAACCUAAUGAAAACGCCUUGGACAUCUACAAAGCUGCAGUUGAAAGCCUACAAGAAGAAUUCAAGAGUGAAGAAGUAGCCUUCGACCUCGAUCCACCGAGAACAUUUGAAGACUACGCAGUCGAGCCGAAAGGUGAUGAGAAGUUUGAUAUAGUACACUUUAUCCAUUGUUUGUACUAUAUAGACGUGGAGGAGGCGUUGGUACACUGUUACAAUACAGAAUUGAGAGAAAAAGGGAUGUUGAUGAUUUGCACAGUUGAUGGAAGUGACAUAAUGGGAUUGCUUGAGAGUGAGGAAAAAACUUUAGGUCAGUCAAAGUAUGCCCUGGUCAAUGAAAACAUCUCCUUAGUCCUCCAGAAAAAUUCCUGGAAGUUUGAAGAACACCUUGAAGAGCAUUAUUAUGAUGUCUCUGAGGUUUUCGACGCAAGCUCUGAACAAGGCAACCUUUUACUUGAUUUUCUAACAUUCAAGAUAAAUUUUCGUUCAAAUAGCAKUCAAGAAGCCGUGGAGAAAUUCUUGGAUAAUAUCAAGAAACAUUGCUUGCACAAAGAUGGGAAAUACUUCGCCAAGAUGGCACAAAGAAUCGUCGUAAUACACAAGUGAAGUAACUUAGUAACAAAGGAAUCCCAAAGGAAUCUCGAAGGACGAAAAAUUGCCUUGGAGAACGCUAGAGCUAUGAAUGUUUUGUUACAUUAUAUGAACAGCAAUAGUGUAUCGAGAAGUAUAAUCAUUUAGCAGGGUUUUUUCCCACUAGCUCGAUGCCUUUUUUGUUAGUAUUAUUAGAAUAAUCAUAAUAAUAAUAAUAAUCAUUGAUUUUCGCUCKAUUCAAAAGUAAUUUUAGUUCUAUCAAUAGUAAAAACUAGUACAUGUCAUGUGGCACAGAUGCUUGGGUAAUUUCAUUCUGAAUU